AUGCCUCCUCCACCGAAACCGAAGCCACCACACAAGAUGGUCUUGACGGCUAACAGCCUCCGGAACACUACAUUCUCGGUCGGAAACGAUACGUUUUACUACGAGGUCGUCACUCGUUUCUGGCACCCAAAUCUUACAAGAAUCAUCAAACACGAUUUUGAGACGCGGGAGCUAACACCUCUAGCCGAAAUCGAAGGCUUGCAAACAAAGGAGCCGAGGGUACGAUUUGGUGGCGAGAAGGGUGACUGGAUGUCUGCCUCUGAUUUCGUCAAGUUUGAACCCGACGCUAAGGGAGGGGCGUUUGCCACGGAUGCCGGCGUUCAAUAUAAAUGGAAGAUCACCAAGGGCAAUUUCCAGCUCGUACGAGCCGAUGAUCCAGAAGAAAAAUCGCUGGUGGACUUCCAUCCGCACAAGCGGCACUUCUGGAUCUUCCGCAUGUCGAAGCACGCAUUCCUCGAGAUCAAGCCUGAGCCAGAAGUACUAGAGGUUCUGGAACGGCUCAUUGUGAGUUACCUCCUUGUGGAGAGAAGACGGAGAGAUGCGGGCUUGCAAGUCAAGUUCAAGCGCUCUUGA